AUGAACAAAUUCUUUGUAUUUGCCUUGGUCGUCUUGUUUGUCGCCACCAUUUCAUAUGCCAACUGUACCAGUACCGGUCCAUCUUCUUCGUGGGCUACCACCACUGGUGUCCCAACUCCACCACCACCUCCAAGAACUACUGCCCAAGUAUCAAACAGCGUCAAUGCCCAAAUCACCGGUGGUAAUGGAAUUGCCAAAGUAGACACUGAACAUGAUAUCCAAACCCAAACCGAAGAUUAUGCAACUCACCUCAACACCAAGUCAACUACUAAGCUUUAA